AUGGAAUUAAUGACUCGUCAAAAAAAUAUUUAUAUUUUAGGUCGUUGGUGGCAAGGUUUUAUGUUAAUUGGGGGUGUUUUAUUUUUCCCUUCUGUUCUCCUUUUUUGUUUUCGAAAUCCAAAAUCAACAGAAAAUAACCAAGAAAAAUUAGUUGAAGGAGAAGAAAAAGUUCCUAGAAGAUUGGCUUUGGUGGAUAGACAUUUGGAAAAAUCAGAAAAUGGAAAUAUACCAAAAAGUUUCAAUGCUUUAUCUUCUGAUUUUCAAAAUAAUAUACUCACAGUGUUUAAACGUCCAAUUUACCGGUGGGCGAUGAUUGGAAGAAUUAUUGAUGUUCUUGCUUUUAAAGGUUUUCAUAUUUUUCUCCCAAAAUAUUUGGAAUUACAAUUUGGAAUACCUCAAUAUAUAGUUAAUAGAUUAAUGGGUAUUUUAAUUAUUUUUUAUUAAAAUAUUCUUGCUUCAAUGCAAAGUUGUGUUUAGGUCUACGGAGAUUAAACUUUUUUUAAUUUUCACACAAUCCUUGUCCUAUCACCGUUUUCUUUUAAAAAUCCCUUUCCGCAAUCCGAGGUUCAAAAAACAUGGACGAAUUCCGAAACACACUUGACUACUCGUAAAAUCUCUAAUUAAUGUACAUAUCAACUCGAAAAUAGACUCAGUCGAAUCUUGAUAAUCGAUGGGAUUGGUUAGAAGAU